UGGCUGCCCGCCCGGGAAGGAGAGACGCCGAAGGAGGAGUCUCCUUGGAAGACAGCGAGUCCCUUGGAGCCCCAAGGGAGGGAGCAAGUGUAUUACCUUCAGGAGAUGGCCUCUUCUAAGUCUUUGAUGAACCUUCUAACCUUCAUUUUUGGAUCAGCAAUAGGAUUUUUCGUAUGCUAUCUUCUGUUUAGCGUUAUACUGGAAGACCAGGUUAAGAUCCAGCCUCAUAUCCUUCACAAUGAUCCACAUGGUCAACACUCAGCAGAUACUGAUAACAAUCCUCUGCAAGGACAAAUGAAUUUCAAUGCAGACUCUGGACAACAUAAAGAUGAGAAUAAAAAUAUUGCAGAGGGACUGUAUCAGAAGGUGAAAAUACUGUGUUGGGUCAUGACUGGACCUCAAAAUCUAGAAAAGAAAGCCAAGCAUGUUAAGGCCACUUGGGCCCAACGCUGUAAUAAAAUACUUUUUAUGAGCUCUGAGGAAAAUAAAGACUUCCCAACUGUGGGCUUAGAAACCAAAGAAGGCAGGGACCAACUGUACUGGAAGACUAUUAAAGCUUUUCAAUAUGUAUAUGACCAUUAUUUUGAUGAUGCUGAUUGGUUUAUGAAAGCAGAUGAUGAUACCUAUGUUAUAUUGGACAAUUUGAGAUGGCUUCUUUCAAAAUACAGUCCUGAACAACCAAUAUACUUUGGAAGAAGGUUUAAGCCUUAUGUGAAACAGGGCUACAUGAGUGGAGGAGCAGGAUACGUUCUGAGCAAAGAAGCUCUGAAGAGAUUUGUUGCUGCAUUUAAAACGAACAAAUGCUCUCACAGUUCCUCUAUUGAAGACCUAGCACUAGGAAAAUGCAUGGAGAUCAUUAAUGUGGAAGCAGGAGAUUCUAGGGACACAAGUGGUAGAGAAACCUUUCAUCCCUUCGUUCCAGAACAUCACUUAAUCAGAGGAUACCUACCAAAAACAUUCUGGUACUGGAAUUAUAAUUAUUAUCCUGCUGUAGAGGGUCCUGGAUGCUGCUCCGAUCUAGCAGUUUCAUUCCACUAUGUUGAUUCCGUGACUAUGUAUCAUUUGGAAUAUUUGAUAUAUCAUCUCCGUCCAUAUGGGUAUUUGUAUCGGUACAAUCCUGAUUUGGCAAAGAAUCCAGAAGAGCAGAGCAAAAAUGAAGCACUGGAGGAUAAUCAAAAGCUAAAGCAAAAAAUUUCUGAGAAUUAAUUGGACUUUGAAGAAAACAAAAAGAAGCCAGUACAAUGAAUAAGACUCUCCUCAAACUCCUGCAUGAAGCUUGUGGACUAAAAUUACUCAUGGUGAUUCUUAUUUCAAAAAUCACGUUGGCAGUACUUCCUGUCACUGUCUGUGUACAAUAGAGUCCGGUGCUGGCUCUGACUGUUUUGGAUAGUGUGACCUUGCAGCCCUGCUCAUGAAGAUUUGGGGCCCUAAAGCUGUGAAAGAGGAGGUUGUUCUGGUACACUAAUAUUUGGAAGAAUUUGUCUAAAAAACAUAGUGGAUGGGUUCAAAGAUAAUCAUACAGUAUUUCUGUUCCUUUUUCUGUUCUCUGUUUCCUUCCAGAUGUUCUGUUAGGUCAGUUCUAAUAUUAGAAAUUGAAUGCUGCACAAAUACUUCAUGAGGCUUUCUCUAGUGUUCUCAUAUCUUGAAGUUCCUUUUGUACCUUGCCCUAUAAGGAAGGGGGAGGUGUGAAAAUAGAGUCUCAAGUCUGCUUUGCCUUAACGACAGACUGGUUAUUAUGAAUAGGCAGAGAUCCACCCAAAAGAUUAAUCUGAAUUGUUUCAGAAAUGGAAUUCACUGCUAUGAAUUAUUUUUAAAAUUUUUAAGUCUCUGUUGUACUAAACAAUACGAAGUUGGAUCACUACUGUUUUAGGGAGAAACCCAGAAAUAGUUACUAUUGUUUAAAUUGCUGAGGUGAUGCAAGUUGCUCACGUUUGC